CCUAUUGGCUCUUAAGAUAGACCUCGCCCAUCAAUUUUCACAGAAGUUCAAACACAAGAUGGCGGGCGUUGUACUGAGACGUAUAAGAAGAAGAUGUACUGAGAUUCAAAGAGCAUUUAAUCAAGGAUCUUUGGGCCGAACAGAAGUUUACGCUAUCAACAGCUCUAUAGCUAACGUAAGAAGGGUUGGAGAUACUAUUGGCGCCCAGGCUGUGCAGGAUAUAGUUCAAAGUCUCACUGAUCUCAGAUCUUUCAUCUCCGGACCUCAAGCUUCAAAUGCCCUACAUACUGGUUUCCAUGCAGCACACCUUGUGCAUUCAGGAAGACGAGGAAGACCUGCUCUUGACAUAACGAGGGGGCAAAUUGAGCUGCUCCUAGGUCAAGGUUUUACCGUGAGAGCAAUGGCAAGGAUGUUGGGCUGUUCCUCCUCAUUCCUUCAUAAAAAAAUGAUGUCUUUAAAUACUUCAGCAAGGAACAGAUUCACUACCAUUAGUGAUCCUGACCUAGAAGAGCAUGUCAGGAGACUCCACAACCAGUUUCCUAGAUCAGGUUCAGAACACUUUCAGAUGAUGAGGGCAUACCUACACGCAGAAGGGAUUGUGGUACAAAGAAGAAGAGUUAGAGAGACUCUAAAGCAAAUCGAUCCAGCUGCAGCAGCACAGAGAUGGGGCCAGACUGUGGCUAGGAGAACCUACUAUGUGCCCUUUCCUAACAGCUUGUGGCACAUAGAUGGCCAUAUGCGUCUCAUUCGGUGGGGGCUUGUGACACAUGCCGGAAUUGAUGGGAACUCCAGACUCGUAACUUUUAUCAACUGCGGCACUGACAACACAGCUUUGACAGUGCUAACCCAUUUUGUUCGAGCUACCUGUCGGUAUGGGUUACCAUCCAGAGUCAGGUCUGACCACGGCGGGGAGAACACUCUAGUUGCCCUCUUGAUGAACCUUCUACAGGGAAACGGAGAAGUGAGGCACAUUACAGGCCAAUCUGUACACAACCAACGUAUUGAGCGUCUUUGGAGAGAUGUUUUCCAGCAGGUUGUGCACUAUUUUUACACACUUUUUUAUUCCUUUGAAGAUGAACAAAUAUUGAACCCCGAAGAUGACAUUCAGAAAAUGGCACUACAAAUCGUUUUUAAACCAGAAAUCCAAAAAAGACUAGAUUUAUUCAGACAUGCGUGGAACAACCAUAGACUAAGAACUGCUAACAAUCGUACACCAACACAUAUUUGGAUGGAGGGCAUGCUAGCCAACAGGGAGCAACAUUCAACAGCUAUAGACAAUGUCUUUGGAAAUGAUCCCUACAGCCAAGAAAAUAUUGAAAAUGGCUUGGCAAGACAUGGCAUACGGCUCGAUCAGUUGCAAGCAAACAAUGAUGAUCUUGAACGAGCAGUGAUAGUGCCACAACCACACAUUAUCCUGAGCUCUGAACAACAGCAAGAUCUCCAAAAUGCAAUGACUGGAACAACUGACUUAAAGGACAGGUAUCUGCUUUGUGUUAGACAGAUUCAAAACAUGCUCUAAUUGAAAGAACAUAAUGUGACUACAAAAAACUAUUAAGUGUGAGGGGAUAUUAUUCACUAUUACUGUAAAUGAUAGGCUACAAGAUAUAACUCCAAGAAUAAACGCCCGUUUCAAAGAA